CUUUACCUUCUAGUUUUGUGGUGCCCUUUUCAUCCAAAAAUAGUGGUCCUCUCGUCCAGUGGUCCAUCUAAAAAUGCAUUUCUCCAUUCCCGAAACGGAGGUUCGUUCGGGAGAAAAUGGAUCAACUUAUGUGGCAUUCAACAUCCAUGUGAAUAGCGUUCUGCACUGUCAGGUACGCUAUAGCCAGCUGCUCGGCCUACACCAACAGAUAAAGAAAGAGUAUGGGAACAACGUGGUACCCGCUUUCCCCCCAAAGAAGAUAUUCACGCUGACGCCGGCCGAGGUGGAGCAGAGACGAGAACAACUGGAGAAAUACAUGCAAGCUGUGCGACAGGACCCCAUGCUCGGAGCCAGUGAGAUGUUCAACAGCUUUCUAAGGAAAGCCCAGCAGGAGACCCAGCAGAUUCCAACAGAAGAGGUACCCCUGGAGAUCUACCUGUCUAAGAGGCAGAAGGUCACGGUCAACAUCCUGACCUCUGACCAGACAGAGGACGUCCUCGAGGCUGUUGCGUCGAAGCUGGACCUUCCAGACGACCUUGCUGGUUACUUCAGUCUCUUCCUGGUUCGGGAAGGAGUGGACGGGGGCUUAACGUUUGUGAGGAAGCUGCAGGAUUUUGAGCUGCCGUACGUAUCUGUCACCAGUUUGCGGAGCUCGGAGUUCUACAUCGCCCUUCGUAAAAGUUACUGGGACACGGCGUAUGACAGUGAUGUAAUGGACAACAGAGUGGGACUGAACCUACUGUACACUCAGACGGUGUCUGACAUCGAGAGAGGCUGGAUCCUCGUUAACAAGGACCAGCACAGACAGCUGAAAUCACUGCAGGAGAAAGGAUCCAAGAAAGAAUUCAUUAGGCUGUGCCAGACGCUGAAGUACUUCGGCUACAUACAGUUUGACCCGUGUGUGACAGACUUCCCGGAGAAGGGCUGUCACGCGAUCGUCUCCGCUGGCAACAACGAACUCAACUUCCAGGUCAAGCUACCCAAUGAGCAGAUGAAAGAGGGGAGCUUCAAGGUCACGCGCAUGAGGUGCUGGAGGGUCACUUCCUCUCAGGUCCCGGUAGCCAACGGAACAGCCUCCACCUCUCCCUGCUCGUCAGCCAAGUGUGAGGUGAAGUUGGAGCUGGCCUUCGAGUACCUGAUGAGCAAAGACCGUCUCCAGUGGGUCACCAUCACCAGCCGACAGGCAAUCAUGAUGAGCAUCUGUCUGCAGUCGAUGGUUGAUGAGCUGAUGGUCAAGAAAUCAGGAGGCAGCAUCAAGAAGAUGCUGAGGAAACGUCCCAACGGCUCCCUCCACCGGUCUGAAAGUCAGCAAGCUGUGAAAUCACCCCCUCUACUGGACUCCCCUGACCCAGACCGAGAACAGAUAGUCAAACUCUCAACCAAGCUGAGCUCUGUGUCACUCAGAGGGAUCAGCGCCUCCAACUCAGCCAACGACGUCAGCGGCAACGAUUUCCAUGGCAACUACGCCUUUGAGGGGAUCGGGGACGAUGACCUGUAAUAUUCAACCUCAUCCUCCUCCUGACGAACGCGACCUGCAAAGAUUCCAAGCCGAGCUGAGCCAGGCAGAAAUGAGUUUGUCUGGUUUCUGAUUGUAGCCCUUCCCGAGGGUCUGCUACCAACCAUAUCUUCUUGUUUCAUCCUCUUCAUAAAAGGCUGCAUCCCAAACGACACCCUGUUUACUUACACAGUGUGGCACUUUUGAGCAGAGUCCCGUUGGCCAUUUGGGACACAGACAAAACGGUCAUCUAUCUUAGUGGUUUCCCAACCUUUUUUGAACCGUGGCACACUUUAAUGGGUGAUACAAAUUUAUUCGGCACACCUAAAAUAUACCUAUUAAUUGUUUUUUUUUGUGAUAAUGACCUCCAUCUGACCUGAAACAUACUGCAAAUCAUCUAUUUUCUGUGACAAAUGUGUUUUAUAGAUUAAAUAGGGUUCAUUUGAACUGUU